AUGGCACACUUCUCCAGUAACAACCCCAGCAACCCGUUCUCAUGGGCCGGGCAAGCGGUCGAUGACCCUUUCGGCCAGAAGUGGCUGCCCAACACCGACGGCCACGACGACCCGGCUGCGCAGCCUGCCGGGCCCGCCCGUCUUCUUAGCACUGACGCCCCGAGGAACGACGCGUCUCUGAUCAAGGAUUUCAAUGAUGAGCUUCCAGACCCUGAGGUCCAGGAUGGUCUUCUCAGCCAAUCCUCUUGGCUGCUUGUCAAUGGAGCUGCCGCCGAUCACACAGACCUCCCGUUCGACCUCGCCAUCGAUAACGGCAUCGAUUUUGACGUGGCCAAGCCCGCCUCGUACGACCUCGCCCGGACUAGCAGCCAAGCAAGCUCUACAGGAGUAGACGAGGACGACCUACAUGAUUUUGCCUUCAGCACCUGUUAUGGCGACGACAUCGUGAACGACCCCAACAGCCCGGCGACGAGCUUCUCCGAUGUUCUUAUAUCCGCGAACCAAUCCUUGGAGAACAGCCCUGUUUCCUCUCGAUGCCCCUACCUCAGCAUGCAUACAGGCAGCCCUGGGCCCGCUAUCCCUUCAUGGUCAAGGAACACAACAAACGCCUCUCGCCCAUCCGUCGCCAACGUCAACAGCAACAGCAACAGCAACCUUUUCCCGGGCAUUGGCCCCGCAGGUAUGCCCGGAAGCUUUCCGAGACAGAAUGUUAGCGCGUUAUCGAUGGGCCUGGCAGACCAAGGCCUGCAUCCGACUGGUUCCAGUCCUUCUUCGGAAUACUUUGAGCAGUGGAGUUCGCAGGCCGGCGACGAUUCCAUUGACACCCUCGGCAUGAACAUAUGGAAUGGCCUGGCCCUACCGGAGGGCUUCUUUCCAUCAAUGGAGAGCCAGCUGGGUCCUUCGUUCGUCAUUGUUCCUCCCGAGACUCCUGACGUGACCAUGGGCGGGCUGGACGACGCCACGGUACCAGAGACGCAAGCGCCCUCCCAGACACAUCCCAUCGACUACUACCUCUCGGCAAACUACGCGGCCGCCCAACCGACGGAGCCCCGAAGCGUACCCGCCAGGCCGAUCCCGCAGGCUCUUACAGCGACCGGGGCAAACCGCCUCUCGGUCCCGGCCCGCCCACGCCGCCGGACAUCAGACCCGGUCCGUAUGAAUGCUCCGCACAGAGGGCAAGCCUCGACUUCUCGGCUCCAUCCGAUCAUGGGUGGCUCGGGCUUGGUGUCACCCCGGGGAAGCCCUUCUUUGAAUCACAGGACCCGGUUCGCCUCGCCAGUGGAUAAUUCUCGCUUUCAGCGACUACGCCCAACCGAGCCUUCAAGGGACUCAGGGGUAACGCUGCCCAUGCCCAUCGCCUCUCGGCCCAGAAGGUCAGGCAACCCGACUGCAUUUCUCGACGGCGAGAGCAUGAUGGUCCGGCCGGGUCGACCGGGAACUAUGCGUGGACGCCGCAGUGGGCCAAUGGAUCCAGUCUCCCGUGGCCAGGCCAAGGAAACGCGGAACAAGAAGAUGGUGUGCAUCCGGUGCAAGCAUUCCAAGCAAAAGUGCAAUCGCAGUGACGAGUCCAUCGACGGCUCUUGCGUCGGAUGCGAGAGACACGGCGGUUCUCAGAGAUGGCCGGGACCAUGCGUCAAGGCUCACUUCGAGGAUCUCAUCCUCUCGGGCUCGUGUAACUACGUCUCUUCGCAUGCCAUCUACCAUCCGACACUCGACGGUACCACGCGCAUUCGCAGGGUGCUCCCUAAACACAUUAAUGUUAAGGAAGUAAUAACGAGGUUGGAUCGCGUCCGUCGGCAGUUUAACUUUAAGGUCUACCAAGAAGGCGAGCCCCUCUACGUCCUCGACCUAGACGCUUGCCAUGAAUACCUCCAGGGUCUCAGACAGCAGAUGGAUACUACGAUAUUCAAGUUCUCGACCUUUAUCAACCGGGAGAUCCUGCGGACAGACACGAGGAACGACGACUGGGAGCGGUGCAUGACGCAGACCACGACGGGCGAUUUGCUGACACUGCUCUGCAACAUCAACAACAUGCCCAGCCGCGCCAGCUUCUCCUACGUGGCAAAGCCCUACUACGCGGCUCCGGGGGCCGCUGCGGAAUGGCCCAUCAAUGUCGAGGACCCGGACGAAGCGGACAAUCUCAUACUUGCCGCCCAGCUCUCGCGCAUCAUUUGCCGCAAGCUCGAGGUCAAGGCAUACCAGCACCUGCAGCGCCUCCUGCACGAGUGGGGGACGAUGGACGACGACAAGGUGUUGCCGUUCCUGCAGAGCCUGGGCCGCAUCCUCUUGACGCUGCGCUGGCGGCUAUCCUGGUGGGUCGAGGUCCCCGAAAACGUCAGCAUGGGCGACGAUGAGUUCGACGACGACGACGACGAAGACGAAGAUGCAAGUCGGCGACACGCCGAAUUACGGGUCCAUACCCUGUGCCGAGUGCUGUAUUUCUACUACUGCUGCGUUCGUAGACGCUUGCCUGUGUGGACGAACAUCGACACGCUGCGCGGCAUCCACUCCAGGUACCCCGACACGGAGUCGAAGGUCCGGGACGACUUUCCCGGCGACGAGAGCCUUGCUGGGUUCGAGGCCUGGAUGAGCCGGGGCAGACAGCUCAUUGCCGAAGCCGGAGUAGUGAGCCGACUCCGAUCGAUGGGACUGUCGGCGUAG